AUGGAGGUGAGUCAGAUGCAGAGACAGUGGUUGGAUUACAUCAAAUCCUUAUUCAUGGAGGGCUUCCUGGAUGGUCAAUUUCUACAACUUCAACAGCUACAAGAUGAGAACAACCCAGAAUUUGUGUUUGAAGUGGCGUCUCUCUUCUUUGAAGAUUCUGUGAGGCUUCUCAAUGAUCUUACCUUUGCUCUAGAUCAGAAAAGUAUUGACUUCAAAAAAGUUGAUGCUCAUGUUCACCAGUUGAAGGGUAGCAGCUCUAGCAUAGGCGCACAAAGGGUAAAAAAUUCUUGCAUUGCUUUUCGCAACUUCUGUGAGGAACAGAACAUAGACGCGUGCCUUAGAUGCCAGCAACAAGUUAAGCAAGAGUACUGCCAUGUCAAGAGAACGGAAACAUCUUUACUCACUGCCGUACUGUCAACAUCGCUUGCCACACUUAUAUGCUAUCCUCUAGGCACAAUGUGUAGACAGAUGCAAUUAAAGGGUACACCCUAUAAGACAGGAAAUGAGCAAACUGAAUUGGAGUUAUCCAGCAGUAAUGGAAGGUUCAAUGUUCAAAUGAAUUUGCAGAUACUUUUGUACACUGGGUGA